AUGUCUAACGAGAGAAAUGCACAAAUUGAUGUGGGAAGUCUCUCGCUAUCUGGUCUGGGCGCAUUCUCGACUGUGCUUACUGCACUCUCUGCGGACGAUGUUCAGCCGAUGACAAUGGUACAACUUCAAAAUCUGGGCGCUGCAUUUCCCACCAGUGGAUUGCUUGCAAUUAAGAUGCCAGACUAUCUUCUAAGGUGCAAAAGUCGGCGUAUAGAACGUCUUGGAGUUUCAGUUGGUUGGCGUAGGGGUGACUCUGCCUCCCUUAUGGCCCAGUCGGCUAGUGGUCAGGCCGCUGCGCUGUUGGCAGUCUGCUUAUAA